GCUCAAGCCGAGCUGAUUUGUGAAACUGAUUGCUUUGAUACGUGUAUAUUGUACGUGAUCCUUCGGGUCUGGCACGAUGGCUGGUAGGAGCAUCGCGGAGAGAUGUAGCAUAACCAGCGCAAUACCACAGCUUCGUCACAUGUUAGUUUUGACAGGUGCAGGAAUGCUGCAGAACGCCGUGGACUUCUUGCGCCCAUUGGUCUUCAAUUUUUUCGUAUCUAGAAACUUGACGAAGUCUGCGUUAACCCAGGAGGAGAGGGCCUUUACAAUGGACUGCGUUUCCUUGGCCAGCAUGACUAUCAAUAUAUUGUGUUUUGCAAGUGCCAUGGGUUUCAAUACGGGCAUCGACGCGUACGCCCCCAUUGCAUUUGGUGCAAAAGAUACGGUCGAGUUGCAUUUAGUUUUGUACCGGCAAGGCGUACUAUUAUGUUUGCUCUUACCCAUAUUCUUGCUUAUGCUGCAUAAUAUCGCAGGCCUCCUCGUUCUGGUAGGUCAACCUGCCGACAAGGCACAGGGAGUUGCCAGCGUUCUGCAUCUGCUGGCCUGGUCUGUUCCGGGCGACCUCAUCUAUGAUGUUCUUGCUCGCUGGUUGAAGAGCCAGCAGAAACAUCGUAUGGUCACCGCUUGCGUCCUCGCCGGCUUCGCUGCGAAUCUGGUGAUCAACGCUUUGGGCAGCAGCACCGGGACAGCACGAGAGGACCCUACCGAGUGGCCCAUUUUGGCAAUGGUAAUUCAGAACACCAGUCUGCCUCUUCUCCUGCUUGGAUCGCUACAUCUUCAAGGCCACAAGUUUGUGAUGAAGCCUGUGCCGUUUCUGUUCCGAGGACUGUGGGUCCAGUUGCGCACUUCCCUGCAAGCAAUGAUCUGGUCUUGCACGGAGAUGUGGGCGUGGGAGGUGCAGGUCUUCGAGGCAGCCGCCUUGGGGCCCGGCGCCGCCGCCACGUACAGCAUCCUCUCCUUGACGUACAGCCUCCUGAUUUGCAUGGGCAUGGGGGUAUACCCGGCACUAACUGCCUUGCUUGGCGAGGCACUUGGUGCACGUGAUUUCUGUCGUGGACUCGCCCUGUUGAAGCUCGGCUGCGUCGUUGGAUUCGUAUCUCUUUCCGCGUAUGCCGUUUUGCUGCUGCUAGUUCGCCAGUCUUAUGCGCUGACUUUCAGUGGUGGUGUCGCGAAAGUGGCUGACAACAUCUAUCAUUUAGUACCAGUGAUCUUGGUAGUGCAGCUAGCAGAUUGUCUUUUGAAUACACUACGGUCAUGGCUGGUGGUUCGGAAACUACAGGCAUUUGGGGUGAUCCAGAGCAUUGCUUGUUAUUGGCUGUUGGCUGUGCCUCUCGGAUAUUUCUUGUGCUUCCAAUGCAGCGCUGGCAUUCUGGGCCUAUAUGCUGGCCUGGGUGCCGCUGUUUUCUUCAUUCUGCUUACAAGCACCUACCGGAUUUACGCAGAUUUUCAGGGUAUCGUUGGCAAAGGUUGUGCUGAUACCCAGGCCGCUCUGCUGCAGGGAUUCGUUAACCCUUAAUGCCAGAGUGUGUGUUGAAUGUUUUCGUUUCUGCAAAGUUUUGUCUCUGCUGACCUCUGCUCAAACCAACUCCAGCAUACGUUUGCUAUGCGAUUUUCUUGAUAGCAUGCUCUAGCAAGAGCAUGCAUGCAGUGUGGACAAUCACACACUCUGACGCAUCGAAGCAAUCGGAAGUGAA